AUGGGUGGAGAACAUCACGAGCCGUAUAAAAUUCCUCAUUGGACUACUCAUUCAAACUGGCGUUCUUCACCUGAUUUGCUCGAUUACCAUAAUCGACUUGCCCGUCUUGGACUUAAAGACCCGUGGAUUAGAAAUUUCUGGCCGGCUUUUGAUCCAUCAAAGACCGGUAUUAGAAGGAGAGGAAGACGUUGGUUGCUUUUUGGGGCUUGGAAGAAAAUGUCAAUUGGAAUUAAACCGGGGAUGGCAAUUGCUGGAACUGUUGUUGCUAUUGAGGAAUUAUAUAGUAAAUUAGUUUAUGGACAUACAAGUUGGGGAGGCAUUUGGGCCGAACAUAAAAAGUCUGGACAUUAG